UUCCACCGCCACACAUUGGGCCCUCCGCCAAGCAGCACCGGUGCACGAACAAACACACGUGCAACACACCGGGUUGCCGCUGGGGCGUGGUCUCGCGACCCCGGGGCCAUGGUGACCUCGAAGCUUUGCACGGUGAUUGCAUGCGUGCACCUCUUCUGUGCAGCGCUCAUGGUGUUCACCGAGCCUAGCUACCGCUGGGGGGCGCAUGACCUGCAACCAAUCGCGUUUAACCCUUCGCAGAUCGCGCUGGGCGCUGUUGGCAUCAAUGCAAGGUUGCAGCUGCAGGUUGAGGCCACGCGGCAGAAGCUUCGGGCCGCAGACCGACAGGUGGCAUCAGGCUUUGCCUUGGUCGCCUUUGCCGCACAGGAUGUUGCUUUGACCUUGCGGAAGACGACCGUGUCUGCCAAUGAGGGCGCACGGGUGGCCAUUGCGCUGCUCCUUUGGGAUGGAAUGCUGCUGGCCAAUUAUUUCCCGCCCAUCUCGCUGCUCGCUACCUGGCAGCUACCCACCUUGUCUGUGCACGAGAGCUUCUUCGUGCUGGUUGCUGGCGGAACGGUCGCUGCGUCGGUGGUCUACUUGAUGGGGCUGGGGCUUUGGCGGUGCUUGGAGCGUUGGCUGGAACGGUGGAGGCGCCACCUGGAUCUCUGGCUCGCAGAUGCCCGGCUCGAGGGCGGUUUCCGAGGUCAAAACACAGACACGGCCUUUGUAUUAAUGAUGGUGAUCACAAAACCUCAUGGCGGAUGAUAUUGUUAUUCUUGUUGGAUGAGGAUGGUAUAUUAUGGUUUACUGGCUCCUGUCCUUCUGACAGUCGCAAGCGCAGUGGGACGCGGGUGCCCGACGUGAUGACGCAGCAAGCACUGCAAGUGACUGCACUGCGGCCAACGGCACCGCCUUUGGAGAAGUGAGAAGUACCCUCCUAGCCAUUAACAUGGAAGUGGAUGGCAUGGCCCCAACAGGACGACCAUUUUCCCCUACCUGGUAGGGCCUGGCUGUCUACUUCCAUGAAUCUUUCAGGGAGUGUAAUGAGUUGUACGCGCCCUGCAUUUUGCAUCUCCAGCAGAAGCCCAAGGUCAUGAAGAACAGAUGUUCCGGUGGCAAGAAAAACGCCCAUGGCGAACGCC